AUGGCGUCCAUGCUCGAAUUCCGCACGCCGGGCUUCAACCCGUACGCCGUCAAGUACUCGCCCUAUUACGACUCGCGCCUCGCUGUUGCGGCUUCCUCCAACUACGGAAUAGUCGGCAAUGGCCGCCUUUUUGUGCUUGGCCUGGGGCCCCAGGGCAUCCAGCUUGAAAAAGGCUUCGACACCAACGACGCCCUGUAUGACCUGGCCUGGUCCGAGAUCAACGAGAACCAGCUUGUUGUCGCCUGCGGCGAUGGCUCGCUCAAGCUCUUCGACUUGGCGGCGGGCGAUUUCCCCGUCAUGAACUUCGCCGAGCACAAGCGCGAGGCCUUUUCCGUGUGCUGGAAUCCAAUUGCCAAGGACAGCUUCAUCUCGAGCUCCUGGGACGGCACCAUCAAGAUCUGGUCUCCGUCUCGUCCGACUUCACUCAAGACCCUCCCCGUCGGCAAUUGCACCUACUCGACCGCCUUCUCGCCGAUGAACCCGUCCAUCAUCUCAGCCGUCUCGUCCGAUUCGCACAUCCGCGUCUUCGACCUGCGCACCCCCGUCUCGGCCAAAUACCACCUCACGACCGUCAUCCCCGCGCACGCUCCGCCGCAAGCACCCACCGGCCCCGGCGCCGGUCCAGGCGCCCCCCUCCCGAUGCUCUCGACCGGCGAAACCUUUGCGGGCUCCGUCCCCUCCGAGAUCCUAACCCACGAUUGGAACAAAUACCGCGACGGCGUGAUCGCCACCGCGGGUGUCGAUCGCUUCAUCCGUACAUUCGACCUCCGCAACCCGACCGGCGGCCCCACUGCUGUCCUGCCCGGCCACGAGUACGCCGUCCGCCGUCUCGCUUGGAGCCCGCACGCCAGCGAUGUGCUCGCCAGCGCUAGCUACGACAUGACCGUUCGCGUUUGGUCCGACGGGUCUUCGUCUUCUCCCCCCGCCGCCGCUGCGCCUGGCUUGGGCCAGUCGAAUCAUGUCAUCCCUGUCGGUAACCAGCUCGGUGUGAUGAAUCGGCACUCGGAGUUUGCGACCGGUGUGGAUUGGUGUCUGUUUGGUGCCGGUGGCUGGCUUGCGUCGGCUGGUUGGGACCAGAGGGUGUUGGUUUGGGAUGCGCAUACCCUGUUGAGGCCGUGA